AUGUCUCCGGGCUCUCGGAGCGACGCCGAGGAGCUGCCGGAGAUGGACCUGCGAGGACUGCAGCUGGAGUUCGCGGUGGCUCCUCCGGCCUCCAAGCGGCGCCCCCGGGGAGAGCCCUGCUGCCCCUCCGCAGGCAGUUCCUCGGCCGCGGAAGACGACGAUGAAGAGGAGGAGGAGGAGGAGGAGUGCGGCGCCAGGAAGAGGAGGCGGCGGGCUCCGGGAGCGCCGGGGGGCGAGGAGCAGGGCAGGGGCGGCGGAGGGUGCAAGCGCCUGGGGGGCCGUAGCAGUGGCGGCGGCGGCGGCGGGGGGCCGGAGUGCAAGCAGACGCAGCGGAACGCGGCCAACGCGCGCGAGCGAGCCCGCAUGCGCGUGCUGAGCAAGGCGUUCUCGCGCCUCAAGACCAGCCUGCCCUGGGUGCCGCCCGACACCAAGCUCUCCAAGCUGGACACGCUGCGCCUGGCCUCCAGCUACAUCGCCCACCUCCGCCAGCUCCUCCAGGAGGACCGCUACGACAAGGGCUACGUCCACCCCGUCAACCUGACUUGGCCGUUUGUGGUUUCAGGAAGACCAGAAUCUGACACCAAAGAGGUUUCUGCAACCAACAGACUAUGUGGAACUACGGCUUAGUUAAAGAGGAAGCAGCACUAUUGCUGGAUGUGCCUAGAAACCACGGUUUUUUAAUGGACCAAAUCAAACUGGUACAGCUGUAUAGUAAAUGUUUAACCCACCGCUUUUAUUCAGAUGGAAGGAAAGAUGUACUUAACUGUACUGAAGAGAAGAAGACAGUUUACUGAACUUGUGGCUGUAGCCAAAAUGGUGGCGUUAGGAAGGUUUUCAUUUGUGUUGGUAACAACAGCGCCUGAAGAACUUGUUCUGAAGCAUUUCUGACUGACUAAAGAAGAUACAAAAGAAUGAUAAUGAUAGAAUUAACAGCAUGGACCCAAAGUAUAGAUUAUGCAAGCUACUCCCAAACAGUAUUAUUUGUAUGCCAAAGGAAAGUGGUAUUCUAGAAUAGCAUUUAAACUAAAAUUUAUAAUAUAUUUGAUUUUGUGUUAUUGGCAGCUAUGCAAUAGUAAGACUACGUCUGUAGUCUUAGCCACAUUUUAUUAAGGAUGAUGACAAAAAUGUAGUUUCUACUUGUUUCUUUGAGGCCUGCUCCGUAAAUUUAUUAAAUCAAAUUACGUACUUGAAUGCAAACCAGACACAUGCAUUUUCAUUGAUGCAGAUGGAACCACAUUUGUUUAAAUAAUUUCUGGGCCUUAAAUGGUCAUAGAUCACAAUAAUAAUAAUAGAAAAGGUCUUGUUGGAAAUAGGCUAUUGAUUAUAUUUAUAAGGGUGUAUUCAGGAAAAUUUGAAAGAAUUCCCUAAACUGUUAGAAGUCUGUCUGUUUACUUCAAAUGAAGUUGUUACUUCAAAAAAAAUUUUUUUUUAACAUAAGAUCAGGAUGUUAAAAAAUAUUCAAACUUACUGUUCCUAUGAAACAUUAACUUUUAUAGUGUUCUUUUUUUGCAAAUGGUAUAAUCAGUAUUUCAAAUGUGAGUAAUUUUAUUUUUAUACACAAUAUUAAAAGCUUUGUUGCAAGGA